ACCUCAACAUGGAAAAGGGAAAGACGAUUUUUCUUGAUAUAUUCAGAAGAGCAGAUAAAAAUGAUGAUGGGGCAAUAUCUUGGGAGGAGUUUGUUCAGUUUUUUGCUGAUGGAGUCAUUGGAAAAGAAGAAAUGGAAAAGUUAUUCAAUGACAUUGACACACACAACACCAAUAACAUUGACACUGGGGAGUUGUGUGAGUACUUCAGCAACCACCUGGGAGAAAUGAAGGAGAUCUAUUCUUUAAUGGAGGACCUGAACCACAAAGUUACCAAUGUACUACAGUCCACAGCCAAGACUUAUCCUGAGAAGAACAGAACUGACAAGUUUAUCACCCGCUUCCUAAUGCGUGAGUGUAUUGGUCAGCUGACUGCCCUACAGCGCCCUCUAGAGUCAGCUUCAGACCACAUGGAUGAGGAAGCUAGAGCAGAAAACACUGACAUCAAACCCAUUGAGCCUCGUGAUGUCUUGCCGAAGCCUGAUGUAAUACCAGGCCGAGUCGGUCGUCGCACCAAACACCAGAUCAGUAGUCAGACCUCAAUCCCUUCAGAAGGUUCCAUCAAUCCUUUAGCACUUACAGCACAAGUGGACAGAUUGGCAAAUCUGAUUGAAAGAUUGGAACACGGGGUUAACUUUAAAGGAUUUGUUGAUGAAGACAUGAAUGCCACAGAGGAAGAUCAGUACAUCCUUCAGCAGAGGGGUAUGGAGGUGAUCAAGGGGAAGGAAGAGGAUUUCCGUGUGGCUCUCCGUCAGUAUGUGGAGGACACAAACAAUGCUCCUGGAGCACUCAAUAUUAGUGUGAGAUUCUUCAAAGAUACUGGUGUCUUUACACUGUAUGAAAUCUGGGAAUCGGAAAAUACAGAGAAACAAUAUCGGGAGAAGAAGUCCUUUGAUUCAGUGUUCCCAGGUCUAACAUCGGACGUCUCAUUGUCCUCAAUCACCUUCCCAAAAACCUGGUGGUUGAAGCAAUAAAGAGUUCUACUAGAGGGAACAUUUCAGAAGACAACUCACUAAAAAGUAUCAGGGUGUAUGCCUGUGUUCUACCAUACUGACAGACUUUUAAUAAUGCCAGUUCUUUUAUCCAACUUUUAAUUUAUCUCUGCUGUGCACAGUACUUUGUUGUAUUUUAUAUGACCUUUUUGUUUAUUGUUAGUCUUAAUUUUGUAGAGAGUUGUAUGUGUUUACUGAUGUAUAAAUCAUGUACAUGUAUUAAUUAUAUAUAGGUCACAUUCAGUAUCCCCUGUGUCAUCUUAAGCAAUCAGAUGAUUUAUGGUCAGGUGUUUCUACAGAAUGAAACGAUUUAAUUAUAGUAUAUCAAACCUGGAAUACUUAAAAGUAGUGGAUGGUUUUAUAAAAUAAUAGUGUUUUCCCUGUUGUCUGGUCUUUGUAUUUAGGAUUCUUAUUUUGAUUCCUUAUAUAGCUGAUAUUAAGAUCCAGGAAUAUUCCUUAUAUAGCUGAUAUUAAGAUCCAGGCUCCAGGGCCAUAAAACUUAGACGAGCUUACUUUUGAUCUCAGUCUCACUUUUACCAAAGGAAUUAUUAAUAGAAAAGGUGAGACUGAGAUCAAAAGUGAGCUCAUCUAAGUUCAUCUAAGUUUCAUGGCCCCUGAGCCAGGCCUCAAGACCAUAAACUGAAAACAGACUUAAGUAAAAAUUUCGAUUUUGAAUGUCUUGGGUUUCACUUUACAUAUGGGCUAAAAAAAAUUUACAGAUUUCAAUAAUAUUAAAAUUUAAACAUACGCCAAAUUGUGUUUUAUUAUCAAAAUUAUUUCAAAAGUUAUAUUGAUUUGAAAUUUUGACUUAAGUCUGUUCUCAGUUCAUGGUCUUGGGCCAGGAAUAGUUGCUUAGUCAAGAGAUACAUAUCAGUAUGUCUCUACAACAAAUUUUAAGAUGGUAUUUAAAACAUUCUAUAAAUCUUAAAUAUGUGUUUCAAAGGCAUAUUUAAAUUGGCCACAAUAGUGAACAAAAAUGAAGAAUCAAUUUUUUCUUCUUUUUUUUUUUUUUUAAGUUUUAGUUUCUCAAAGUAAAACAUAGUUAUGAAUUACAUGCAGAAAGCAAAUACAUCAGGAUAACGUGAAGUCAAAUAGGGAGUAAAUGAAUUAUGUAUACAAAAAAGUAGGGAUGUCAAUUUAGUCAACAAUUCAAAUUCGAAUAUUCAAUGAAAGUAUUCGAAUAUAUUCGAAUAUUCGAUAAAAUAAAUAAAACCUGUUUUAUUUUAGAUAUGCGUCAUAUAGUAGUGAACUUUCUCAUGAAAGGUUUAGCGUAGUUAUACUUAUAUUGGAAGUAAAAUUGUAUGAAGACUUUUGUAGGUGUACAAUAAGAAAUUCCAUUUGAUAUUUGUCAAUGUUUGAAAUAAAUAAUUGAUUUAAAUGUAGAAAAUUAUAUUUUUACCAAAUGAAACGUUUAUUUAUAGUAACCCUACCUAAGGAACCAGUCAUCUUACAAAAGACAAGAUAGUUGUAAUGGUAUACUGUUCAGAUUUCAAUACGUGUAAUUAAUUACAAUUAUCUACCUGAUAAGAGACAUGAUUAUAUAAUCUUUGAUACAAUGUAAACAAAUAUUUCCAUAGACAAUUUUCUUAGGUAAUUUACUAAUUUCCCGAUAAUCAAUAUAAAAUUCAGGAUUAUAUACAACCCGAGAUAAUCAAGUAAUUUACACAUUUAUUCUGAAAUUGAGCCCUUUGCAAUAUUAAUUACAGAUUAAUUCUAUCGGACAUUCAUUCAAUGGUCAAUUAAUUUUAUUUUGAUAAGUAUACUCUUCACGUCUUUUAGACAAUUUUAGAUUUCAUUUGUUGUCCUCGAUUCUAGAUCCGAUCGUAUCUAACUAAUAAAAACUAUGAAAGUACGUUUUGUAUUAUACAUAAAACAUUAUAAUUCCAGCACUGUUCUAAUCAAAAUUUAUUAAUCACAGUACUUCUUUUUAUGAAAUCUGAAAAACACCGAAUAUUCGAAUCUUAAUUUCAUAUUCGAAUAUCAACUCAUCGAAUGAAUAUUCGAAUGUUCGAAUAUUCGUUGCCAUCCCUACAAAAAAGCGAUUCUGUGAAGGGUUCCUAAAUCUACUCUGCUGUGUGACGAAAGGGAGAUCAAUAUGUGUAGUUAAUUCCCGUGUUUGUACAUGUACCAAAUGUACUUGAUAUGUUUUUUUUUUUUUUUUUUACUUUUGUUAAUGUUAUUACAUACAGUAUAUGUACUAAUAUUUAAUGCAUAAUUCAAAGUUUCAUGAGGUAAUUAUUAUUUAUAUGCCAAGCUAUUGCUACAAACCUUUUAAUAUUUUUCUAGCAUUCUGAAUAUGUAUCAGAAAUUAAAUGAACAAGGAUUUCUAGGUUUUACAGAGAUACAGGUCUUGUAUAUGUUAUGCAUGCAUUUAUAUGUACAAUUGUUAAAUUUAUAGAUUAUUGGAAUUAAGAAUACAUGUACGUUGAUGACUUA